AUGGCCGCGCAUGCUGCCCUUCAAGAUGGCGGAUGCUCAUCGGAUGAUAGCAACUCGGCUUUCAAUCUGGGGAAUACAAAACCAGAAGAAAAUAUUACCAGACAACAUCUCCACGAGGCCUUGGAUGCAUUAUCCACAGAACUGAUCCAAUCCUGGACAUCCAGUGUGGACACGCUAAUCAAGGACCUGCAAGAUCUAGGGGCAAGAACAGCGCACACAAAAACCAAAAUCGCCGAAUACGUGGCAGCUGAUGAUGAUCUAGCCGACGAUGUGCAGCCGCACACUAACAUCAUUGCCUGCCGAAUAUGCAACAGUAGAAAUAUUUGCGGACCUCUCCGCAGCAACUCUACGAAGACGCAGAACCUUCAAUCAAGUGACCGCGACUCUCAGAGACCACAACAUCAGAUACCGCUGGGGAUAUCCUACCAAGCUGCUGGUUGCGAGAAAUGGGAAGAUUGCCCCACUGCAAACACUUGA